AUGGAGUUCAAAUGGAUUCAGAUGUCUCUGUUCCUAACAGCUCUGCUUCACUUUACAGGUAGGAUUAUUCAUAUCUGAUAAUUGUUGAAGGUUCUUGGUUACUUUCUUAGAAAUUCGGUGUUCUUCUCUAACACGAUGAGUUUAUGAGCUCUUGUAAAUCGAGGAUGAGGAAUUGAUGCCGCACUGACUGUGAUGAUUACAGUGUUUAACGAUCAAAGCUCCUCUGGGGAGUUUCUAGCUGGUUAAGAAGCAGACUGCAUUUAUGACUGUUUCCUCUGUAUGAACUGUAAAAGCAAACAACACGAUCAGAAGAUACUAUCUAUGCCUUAGGUAGGUGUCACAAGGGAUCAUUAGCUGCUAACUACCCAAUCAGCCUUCUUUAUGUUUUCCACAGCAGAGAUUUUUUAUCCAUCGACUGUUUUAAGAAAAAGAACAGAUUCACAUUUUACACAUCUGCAGAGCAAAAUCAGCAGAUGUAUAUUGCUUCUCAAGAGGGGGGUGUCAAAACCAACAGAAAAUAAAUGUUACUCACAGGAGUUUUAAAUUAAUAAUCUUAUUUUCUCUCAUUGUCUCAGCAGCAGCUGGAGUCAAAAAUUCCCACCGCAUUGUCAGAGAUGAAGCUGGCGCCACUCUGCCCUGUGAAAAUCUGAUAAAGGAUCAACUUAAGUGUCGCUACACUUCCUGGAUCUUUAGUGAUUUCAAAAACAUAACAGUAGAGCUGGUUGAACACGGGCAGAUUGAUGAACGUGUUGGAUUUAAAUCAGACAGACUGAGUAUUACAGAGGACUGUUCUCUGCAGAUAAAGAAGGUCUCAGAGGAGGAUGCUGGUCUAUAUGCCUGUCAACAGUACCCACCAGGAGGAAGACAAGCACCUGACGCUCCAGUUUUCCUGUCUGUUGUUAGCAGUGAGUAUUUCUAUCAUCAUGUUUUUGGCUCAAACCAUCUUGUUCAAACUGUAAUUAUUCAUCAAAUUAAUUUUCCUUCAUCUUCAACAGUGACUGAGCAUCAGAGGGGUGAAUGGAUGAUGUUGAGCUGCUCUGUGACGCCAUUCGACUACUGUAGACACACAGUGAAGUGGCUGUUUGAGGGUAGAGAUAUGGAGGAACAUCACCACAGCAUGAGAACAUCACAUGGUCUCUGCUAUGCUAAUGUGACCUUACAAGCUCAUCACCACAUGUACAGAUCCAGAUAUGACUCACUGCAGUGUGAAGUGACUGUAGAUAAAAAAGUGCUGCUGUUUCCCUUCAGACUACAGUCCUCAGGAGAGGAACCAGGUGAGAAUAUUUUGGUCUGUUUAAACUGAUAACUGAAAAUUCUGUUGAUUUUAUCGAUUUAAAGUUUGAUGAGUUAUCGUCAUUCAUUAAGGUGAGGUCAAAAAUGAUGACAAAUUUAAUCGAGCAACUCCAGCGGCACCAAGAACAACUGAAAGCCGAAUACCAACAGAGACCACAGCAGUGUCUGAAAACCAUGAAACUUCAGAUGACAGAGGUACUCAAUACUUUUUAAUCAACAUUUCAAUUUAACAGAGACUGAUGCUAAAAAUAGAAACAUCUCCCAAUGAAUGAAAAGGAAAUUGAAGCAGGAUAGAAACACGACUGGGUAUGAUGGGGGAGGUUCAUCACUCUGUGAGAGACUGCGUGAGCUAAUAUUUCAGAAUAAUGUUCCUCAGCAUAAAACCAGAAAUAUUUGGGGAAUUUAUGAUCUACAGCACAUAAAGACAAAACUCUGUACAAAGGGGACAAGGACCAAAACCAGAACUCGGUGGCCAUGGUCUUAAGGUUCUCAAGUGGCAUUGCAUUAAAAACAGACAUGGCUCUGAAGUGGAAAUCACAGCAUGGGCUGAAAAUCAACCCCAGAAGCCAUUGUCUCUGUUACUGAAUAAUCGAAUGCAGGUCAAAAUUGUACCACACAAAGAGAAAACCACUUACUAACAUCGUCAAGAAACCCUGGAAUCGCUCUAGGCCUGAGCCUAUUUGAGAUAGUGGAAAACUAUCAAUCUUAAUUAAUUCAGCGCCAAAUUACAACAGGUGUUUUCCCAAGACGCUUAACAAGUAAAAGCUGGUCUAGACCAGACUCAAUUUACAAACACCCAGUGAAAAGAUUGGAUCAGACUGAGCUCCAUCCUGUAAGAUCAGACCCACUCCCAUCUCAUCUUCAACCACAUUAAUCAAGUCACAGUGGGGAGGAAGAACUUCCUUUAACAGGGGCCCUGAUAACUGAAAGUCCUGUGGUCUGAAAAAUACAGAUUUAAUAGUUCUUAAAUUAUGAGAUCCUGUUUGUAUCUCUUCAAAUAGAUUCAGAUUUCAUUAAAAAGUUUUGUUUUCUUAGAAGUGUGUUCGUUUUUGCCUCUUUUUUGGUCAAAUGUAGAGCUGAAGUGUUUGAUAUGUUUUCAUUGUUUUUCAGCCUGGUGGAGGUUCCUCAUUGUGUCUGUGGGUUUAUCAGCUCUCAUGAUAACAUCUGUGACGGUCAGUGUUUGGACCAGAACCAAAGGUGAGAACAUUCAAACAUGAAACUCAUGACAGACAAGUUUGUGUGGAGAUCCUUUUCUUUGUGGAGGCUGAAGUUGACUCUUUCUCUCUCAACUCUUCAGGGGACUUAACUCAGAGCGGUGAAAACAGGGUGAGUUUUAAAGCACAAUAUUUUCUUUUUAUUUGUUCCUAAAAAAACAACAACAAACAAACACAAAAAAAAAAAAAAAAAUCAGAGUUUGCAGUAAUGACCUGUAGUUGGUUUUUAACUCUUUUCUUUAUCUCACAGGUGUGUCCUGAUGAAUCUGACGGCACGGUGACCUAUGAAAAUUUGAGGACUUCUGUUCCAUUCAGAUUUCAGGUUCAAAGAACAGCAUCUUCAGCACCAAUAUGA